AUGGCGGCAAACAAGAGAAAGUUUACGGUUCCAUCUGUGGAUGAUUUGGACGUGAGAAACGAAGUGUCAAAGCCAAAAUCGUUAUUUAAUGUUUACAAGAAAUCCACUGGAAGUGGUCAGGAAACAACAGAUGAUUCUUUCCCGAGGGCUGGUCGUGCUAAUGAUCUUGACAAUACUGAAAGCUCUCUGAAAACGAUCCAAAAAGAAGUAAGCUUAGUAGAGUCUCGUAAAGAAAACGAUUUGGGACAAAGAACUGUAGAGGACAACUGUAUGCUAAAUCACGAAUCUUUAGUUAAGGAAGCUCUGCGUCCUGCUGAGAACAGCCUUCCAUCAGCAAGUGACAGUGGAACUCUUAAACCUGCUGUUGUAGGAAAGACUUUUCGUGAAACGUUUGCUUUCCUAGACAAUACAAGUCACUACAAAGAGACGGUUGCAAAGAUAAAGGAAAAAGAGUAUGUUAUAACUGGUCUAUUUACCUACCAUAACCUCGCCAAGCUACAAUUUCAGUAUCUGGUCACCUCGCCACCAAGCCAUCUUACCACCAAUGAAAUCACCACCAAGAAAUAUAUUUAGCAAUUAUUCCUCAAGCCCUAAUGGGAUCUGCGUCAGUAGCCCAUGAGGCUGAGGGCCAAAUGGGCUAUUGACCGAGAGGCCAUGAGGGCAAGAGGAAUAAUAAUUUGUUUUAGUAAAAUUCAACAGUUGGUCAAAAAUAUUGAGACAAAACAACUUUAGCUAGCAAAACAUGAUUCAGACGCCACUGUUUUGGUUUUCCAAGCGGGCACUUUUCACUACUAGUGGGCUUUAACAUAUUGCCCAGUAGUAGCUCAACCAAUCGGAAUGCAGCGUUGAUAAUAGAUCACUAGUUGGAUUUUACUAAAACUUAAUAGACCCCUUUAUGGUCGUGAGGGGAGGGGGGGAAUUCAAGAGUUUGUAUGGGAAUUCAAAGUCCACUAAUUCUUCCUAAUUAAAUGUAUUAGUCACUUUCUCUUUGCAAACUUUAACUAAUGAACUUAAAGAAAGUAUGCACUAAAUGUGGAGUGCAAAGCAGUCCUUUGUCGCUUUUUGGAAAAUUUGACGUCUUUCGUGCAUUAUCUGUAAUUGUUUUGUUGUCCGUUUACAGAAAAUGUAUGGAAGAACUCAGGUUUUCUAAAAAAGCAACAAAGUACUGCUAUGCAGUCCAGAUUUAGUGUGUAGUUUCUUCUUCUUCCGGAAAGUGAACACUCUAUGAAGCCUUAAAAGAAGGGCAUUAGCUACUUAAUUGAACAAGUUCUGAAAAACUUUUAUCAGAAAUGAGAAAUGAUAUCUAUAGGUUAACUGGUUUCCCCAGCGGCAGGAUGUUGAGGACUGCUGCAGCAGAAAAACAGCUGUUUGUGUAAUUUGAUAAAGAGGCUUCUCUCUUGUGUUCUUGCAUUUAACACCACUCUUCCCUUGCAGAUCAACUAUAGAUACCAGAGUUCUUCCUGGUCCAGUCAGUAAUAAGCCAAAAAGUAAUGCAAUUAUUGUAAAUCCAAGACAGGUAAUUCCCAAAAGAGCACUGUUUAGUAAUGUUUAGGGUCCCUGUACAAGUGAUUGACCCGGCAGGAAAAAAUUGUUUAGAUUUUUCAGUUGCUGAAACUUAGUCCAAAGCAAUGUUUUCUUUCACAUCUAGACAGGUAGCAGAAUUUAUAUGCUUGAUUUUCAUGCCAAAUAAUCCUGGUAAUGUAAGUGAGACAGAGCAGUAUUGAUCAUGAUGGCAGUCAAAGAACAAUGAUGAUAAAUGAUGUUGUAAUACAGGCCAGGAAGCUGCUCCCAUGAGCGUUCAGCAUGCAAAGAAAGUAGUGUCCAAUAGCCCGGGGCUAGUGGAUUUUGCUAUCGGGCAAGUGAAUUCUGUUUUUAACUUGCCUGACGGGCAAGUGAUGUUUUUUGAGGAAUUGGAAUAACAGGAGAACUGUGAAAUCAAUAAAAAAGCUUUUGGGGCUAGUUGAAAUGACGUCUGGGCUAGUGCCCAAAUGGCAAGCUGUAAAAACAAUUUUCUUUGCACCCUGGCAUUUCCUAAAAAGUGUAUGUGUCAGUGUAAGGAGCCUUUAUCACUGUGCUUUAUUUAUGUUGUUUUACCAAAUUUCUAGAAAGGAAAUCCAGUACUUAAGCAUGUCAGGAAUGUCCCAUGGGAGAUGGGUGACAUCAUUCCCGAUUAUGUUCUGGGUGCUACAACUUGUGCAUUAUUCCUAAGGUACAUGUAUGGACUUAUUUUACUUUCUACUAACAGCUAAAAGUUAUUGACGUGCCAGAAAGAGAACUGAUAAAUUAAAACUGUGCUGAAAAUCAGCAAUGGACAUAAAGCCAAGAGAACAUAUUUUUUGUUUUGGUUUGUUUGUUUUCGUUUUGACCAAAAAAAAGGUUUCAUUGUUUUAUUUCUCUGCAGUUUAAGGUACCAUCAUUUCAAUCCAGAGUACAUUCAUGAAAGACUAAGGCAGUUGGGACAGAGAUUUGAGUUAAGAAUACUUCUGGUUCAAGUAGAUGUGGUAUGGCAGUAGGAUUAAUUUUAAGUAGUAUUUACUAAAUUUGUUGUGAAUGAAUGUUUUACAUUUAUUGAAGGGGCAAGUUAUGCUAUAUGUAGGAAUGUGCAUGCAUACUUACAGUUUAAGAUAUGUAGGCAGUGAAAAUCGCCAUAAAUCUGGUGACAAAAUUUAAAAUUAUAGGCAAACACUGACAAUAAUAAUUAUUAAUGGCAAUAGUCCAUUCUCAAGUUAGCUAUGAUCGCUGAAUGAAAGAAGUGAAGAUGCACUUUUUUACAGGCUUAGCCUCCACCUGGAUUAAUACAUUUGUUACAGAUCAAGUUUGACUUCAGGUUAAUUUUGAUUUAACCUAGGUUGAUUAUCAAUUUCCUUUGUUUCCUAGCCCUAAUUCAUGAAUAAUCAGGGCUAGGAGAUAAAGAAAAUAGAAAAUCAUCCAAGGUUAACAAAUUUUAACCUGAAUUUAAUUUUGACCUGACUAACAUAUUCACAAAUUCCAACUAGAAGAAGACCUGUUUAUUGCUCUGUCUGUUGUGUAUUUUUCAAAUUUCAAACACUUAUUGCCAGAAUUUGUGAAUAUUUUACUUUAUGUUGAGGCUAACCCUUUAUGAAUGUGUCAUUAAUGUUUGUAUUCAGCAUCAAUUUUGAAUUUUAAACUGGACUAUUGACCUGUGGUAAUAUCACCCUAUGUACCUCAAAUAUUUGAAUAUAAUAUAAUUAUGUUUUUCUUCUCAAAGCAUCUAAAAGCACAGUUUUAUUCUUCCCACACUGCAGACUCAAGAGACUGUUUUUCUUUGUUUUCUCCUUAUAAUUACAUAUAUUCUUUGUUAUGUAUAUCUGACAAUAACUUGGUUGGAUUCUUUACAGCAUAUUCUUUUCAACUGUUUUAAAACUAGAAAUUAAAAGGCUUGGGACUAACUAGAAAACUGACCAGUUAACUACACUUUUAUGCUCUAAUAACACUAUGUAUAUUUAGCAAUUAUUUUUGUACUAAAAAUUUUAACUUAUUAAAUUACUGGUAACCUCAAAGUGCAACAAAUUCUUUCUUACAACCCUCUCUGCACCAUAGUGAUAGAUUUUGAGUACUUUAAAUUGUGGUUUUGAAUGUACAUGUAGUCAUCACACAAAUUGCAGCAGUUUAGGAAUAAAAUAUAAUUCUUCCAAGCAUUUAGGGAAAAUUAAAGUCAAGGAAAACAGUAGUAAGUACACACAGAUAGCCAACUGUUUACUGUAAGUUGUAGAUGCCCGCUAUGAGGAAUGAACCUUAAUAGACGUCACUUGCAAUGUUGGGUAAAUGUUUUUCUUGUAUUCAAUGACUUCAGUCAUGGCUGACUGUACCCUCCUUUUUUUUUCAGAAAGAUCCUCACCAGACACUAAGAGAGCUUGCUAAGAUGGCGGUGAUGGCUGACUGUACCCUCAUUCUUGCUUGGAGGUCACUAAAAAUUAAACCUGAUUUUAAGAAGAGUUUUGGCAUAAACAAAACCAAACUAACCCUGGCCAAUCACAUAAGACAGAUAUAUCAUAACAAUGUUAGCAUCAAAUGGUCAAAGCUGAGUCUUUGUUACUUGUUGGAAGUAGAAGGUUGUGUGAUUGUUUAAGCAAAAUCACAUUUGAAUCAGAACACUGUAGGAUAAAAGCAGUGAUAAAAUAUCUUCUGGUUCCAUUGAAUUGAGAACAGCCUUCCAACAUCAUCACCUGAGAAUUUCAAUCUGAUCUUGGGUGGCUUUUACACUUGCAUUUUGAACAGAAUGAAUGGCAUACUGGAUAAAUUGAUGGCAGAUACUUUUAAUUACAGGGUAGUUCAGACCACUUAAUCUUGAUGGGCUGUUAUAUAGACAAUGAUCAAAAGUGUCAAAGGUUUUAAAUUCAUUGCUGAGCAUGUCCUCUUCAUCAGUAUCAACUGUGUGUGAAAUAUACAUUAGUAUAUUAGGACUAAUAGGAUAAAAAUGUUAUUGUGUUGACUAAAUCAGCCUAAUCCUGCAGAAACCACAUUUAACUUCUAAUAAUGUGUGUUUAUUGUCAUAGUCCUGAGGAGGCUGGAAGAUACCUUGAAACCUACAAAGUUUAUGAAAACAAGCCACCAGAUGCCCUUCUUGGUCAAACUGAAGGCGAUUAUCUCAGUAAGGUAGUGCUUAAUUUCUGUAGCGUGCUGUACAGUUCACUUGUAUUCUUUGGCAAUAAUAUAAUAUUAUUGUUAUAUUACUCCACAUUCUUGACAAGGUUGUUUCUUUAAUAGCUCACAGACUGUCUGACUACGGUGAAGGGUAUCAACAAGACUGACGUGGUCUCUCUCACUUCCACAUUUGGGGUAAGCAUUUUAAAAUAAUAUAUAGCUAGGAUGACAACUAUAUACUAGGAUGACAACUUCAUCUUCAACUCAUGAUAACUAUGCAAAUAUUUGUUAUUUGAUAGUCCCUUGCUAACAUGACAACAGCUUCAAAGGAUGACCUUGCAUUGCUUCCAGGAUUUGGGCCUCUUAAGGUAUAUAGUUUUUAGUAUACUGCUAUUUUAAAUCAAUAAAUUUUGUCAGAUUUGCAAAAAGCAUACGGAACCAGAGUGCAAAUCAAUAAUUAUUGGUAAUUUAAUUUAUAUUUAUAAAAAAAAACAAACUCAGUCAAAAAAAAUGCAGACAUGACUUUUUAUACUCUUUUCUAUAACACUGACAACCGAACAAAAUUUUUUUUUCCUAGCAUCAACUUAGGGAUCAGAAACACGUUUUUGUUGAGGACAUAUUUUGAUCAAUUUAAUUUCUUCAUGUCUAUUAUUAAAGGGUAAUCAGAAGACUUUGAUCCUUCAAUUUUGAAUUAUUUCCACUCAUGUGUUUUCCAAAAAGCUCAAACUGCCCCUGACAGGCUCAUAAAAUUUUUAAACUUUUGAAAAUACACACUGGUUCAAAUAAGUUCCAAAUUGAACUCUAAGUCGUAUCAUAACUCAUACUAAUACUAUUCAGUUUGUCUCCCUUUAGGCCCAGAGACUUCACAAUCUAAUUCAGCAGCAAUUUAUUGCAAAGAGAAAAACAAGACUGGGAGAUGGAAAGGAACACUAGCUUUAUUGUCUGUUUUCUAAAUUACUGUCCCUGCUAUAAACACUGUCCUCCUUUCUUAAAGAUGGAUUUUAAAGACAGUCGAAAUCAAGAUCUAAGUUAUGGUUUAAUUUUCCAGCUGACUACUUCAUCAAAUUUUGCUCAUAUAUAAGAAAUCUAUGUAUAUAGUUGCCUUGGUUGCACAUCCAACAUGUCGUACACUAAUUAACCACUACAGUACAAGUCCUGGC